AUGACAAUCACAAUGUCUUUUCAUCUCUUCUUCCUCUUUUUCACAAUGCCAUUCCUUGUAUUUUGUGAUGUCCAAAUGCCUUCAGGUUCUUCAACACAGAUUCUUAGUUCUUUCCAUGAAGACAAAAAUGUGUCCAUAACCAUAACAGUCUCAGAAAAAGAAGAUCAUGCUCAUUCCAUCUCUACAAACUUUUGGUUUCAUGGUUCUUGCACAAAAAGAGACAUAAGCAUCUCACAAAGCAAAGGUUCGACUUCUGGAAUUCCACAAUACAUAGUGCAAAUUGUAAACACCUGUGUUUCUGGAUGUGCACCUCAUGAAAUCCAUCUCCAUUGUGGCUGGUUUGCUUCUGCAAGAAUAAUCAAUCCUAGAUUGUUCAAAAGACUCUCUUAUGAUGAUUGUUUGGUGAAUGGUGGAAAACCUUUGAGUUCUAGCCAGAUUAUUAGAUUCACUUAUUCUAAUUCCUUCAUGUACCCUCUUUCAUUCAAGUCUGCUACAUUUUGCUGA